AUGAGCACCAAGAACUGGCCCCACAACGGCCACGGAGCCUCCGACCCCGGCCGGGACCGGGAUGACCUCGCCGUUGGCCGGUCCUCCGUCGACACUCACCACCACGAACCCGACGAGCACACCCGCCUCCUCCCCAACCGGGUAGACAGCACCAGCAUCUCCUACCUCUCACCCGACGACCCAGCUGUUUCCCCCUACAACCUCUGGACGGUUCGGCUCGUGCGCGCCAUCACCGUCAUCUUCACCUGCCUCACCUUCAUCUGGUGGGUGCUGAUGCUGGUUUCGGUCUUUGUGACUCCGCCCGGUUUGCACGCGCGCGGAUCGCCCUUUUUUGCGUUUAGUUAUACUACAAUUGCCCUGAUCACGCUGAUUACCAGCUUGCUGUUCUUUGCGGUGCCGAGUCAACCCGCGAGAGUGGUGAGCAUUGUUACGGCGGCGUUGUUGCUUGUGGAUGUGGUCAUGAUGCUGGCGGUGGAGAAGACGAGGCAUGAGGAGUUGUGGGUAGGCGUGGCUAGCGUGAUAUGGGCGACCUUGAUGGCUGUUUGGGCGGUGGCGGCUGAUCGGACUGUGCAGAACGUGCUGACACUCGGCUGGAAUUGCCAGUGGGGCAAAACUGAGGAAGAAGAACGGCUCACGGGCCGCCCGGAGACGAGGCGUACACUGCUCGAAUGGGUACAGGUGCUUUUGUCUAGCAUCAUGUUGACGCUCGUGUCGAUCGUUGUGCUGCUUACGACUUGCACGCUCACACUCCGCGCUCUAGACGCGAGAGUAGCGCCGCCCGGAGAGCGGUACUGGGUCGAUGAGGACAAGUAUCAGAUCCAUCUGUUCUGUUCUGGUCCCAAGGUGGAUGCUCAUGGAAACAGGACGACUACUGUGCUCUUUGAGGGUGGUGAGGAUGCGGUUGAGCGUGAGCUCUGGCAGUUUGCUGACAACGCGGUCAAAAACGGUUCCAUCGCCAGAUAUUGCUUUGCUGAUCGGCCGGGAAUCGCCUGGAGUGACGCAGCCCCUUCACCACUCUCGGCAAGCAUGGCAUCUGAUGUUUUGAGUCAAGCGUUAUCGCGCGCAGGAGAGGAAGGACCUUGGGUGCUUGCCAGCGCUGGCAUCGGUUCCCUGUACUCACGGGUCUUCAGCUCGCGACACGGCCAAGAGGUGCGCGGCCUUCUCAUGAUCGAUCCAUUGCACGAAGACCUUCUCGGACGAGUCGGGGCUCCCGGCCGUGGCUUCCGCCUCUGGUUGCAAGGCGUCCUCUCCCCAUGCGGUCUUGAUCGCAUCCCCGCCGCCAUCCUCCGACACCGAAGCGCCAGGGACCGCAUCUACGGCGGGUCUGCUUACCAGUCCGGAGGGGUGAUCUUUGCGAAGCUGCAGGAGAGUCUGGUGGCCAAUUCGCUCACCCGACGAGAUGUGGUGUCCAGCAGAACCAUCCAGUAUAAGACCACACCCGUGGUGGUGGUGACGUCUGGGGUGCAGAUGCGGAAGGACAGCGAGUGGGAGAGCAAGCAACGAGAUCUAACCCACCUCACAUCGAAUCUGGAAAAUUGGGACAUUGUAGACCAGGCGCCUCAUCAAGUCUGGCGGACUUUGGAGGGACGCGAGAUGAUUGAGAAGAGACUGAGGAGAAACCUCAAGGGGUUCAUAUUGCCCAAUAUUCUUUUUCCACUCUCGGGUCUCAUGCCUGAGCAAGGUCUCCACUUUGUCGUUGACGACGGAGUGGCAUCCAAGACCCUCACUUCCCAAUCAUCUCAGCCGCGCGCUGUCCAUGAUCUUCCUCACCUCGAACAUGACAAAAAUAUCAAGCAUGCAGAUGAUGCUGCGAAGCAGGCUGGCAGUACAACAGUUAGGGACCUCUACCUAGAUAAGCCGAGCUUUGCUUGGAAGAGUUUAGAUGUAAGGGGGUUUAAAGUUACAGCGUACUUAUAG